UGUCUCUCUCUCUCUCUUCUCUCUCUUCUCUCUCUAUUUGUAUUUCUCUCUCCUCGGUCGUUAAGGGAGUAUAAAGAUAAUCCGUUUUCGCCUAUGGUCGCUCGAUUAGGGCAGGGUUGAUUGAUCUUUCUCCGCGUUUUCUGAGGGAUUCUUUUCCCGAUUUGAAUGGCAUUGGGGGAUUUGAUGGCCUCCCGGUUUUCGCAAUCUUCGGUGGCGGUGGUGUCGAAUCACUUGGAGGAGUGCGGUUCGAGUCAGGAAGAUGGAGAUUUGAGCUCGCAGCGGAGGGAUUCGGACGUUGCCAGUAGCAGCUAUGGCAAUGCCACGGCCUCCACCACCACGAGCAUGGCCUACUUGCCCCAAACCGUCGUGCUCUGCGAGUUCCGCCACGAGGCGUUCGAGGCUUCUCUCCCCGCGGGUCCGUCGGAUAGCGGAUUGGUCUCAAAAUGGCGACCUAAAGACAGAAUGAAAACAGGAUAUGUUGCUUUAGUUUUGUGUUUAAACAUUAGUGUUGAUCCCCCGGAUGUAAUUAAGAUAUCUCCUUGUGCCAGGAUGGAGUGCUGGACAGAUCCUUUUUCAAUGGCACCUCAAAAGGCUCUUGAAACAAUUGGGAAAAACUUGAGCGCACAGUAUGAAAGGUGGCAACCAAGGAUAUUUGAGCAGGCACGAUAUAAGGUUCAACCUGAUCCUACCGUGGAUGAAGUGAAGAAACUUUGUAAUACAUGCCGCAGAUAUGCCAAGUCUGAGAGGGUCCUAUUUCAUUAUAAUGGUCAUGGCGUGCCUAAGCCAACUGCUAAUGGUGAAAUUUGGGUCUUCAAUAAGAGUUAUACACAAUAUAUCCCCUUGCCAGUCAGUGACCUUGAUUCCUGGUUGAAAACACCCUCAAUUUAUGUUUUUGACUGCUCUGCUGCUGGGAUGAUUGUGAAUGCUUUUAUUGAGCUUCAUGAAUGGGGUGCUUCGAGCACAUCUGGAUCCACAAGGGAUUGCAUUUUGCUUGCUGCUUGUGAAGCACACGAAACUCUUCCACAGAGUGCUGAAUUUCCUGCUGACGUGUUUACAUCUUGUCUCACGACACCUAUAAAGAUGGCAUUGAGAUGGUUUUGUAAACGUUCAUUACUACACGAAUCUCUUGAUGAGUCAUUGAUUGAUAAAAUCCCUGGCCGCCAAAAUGAUCGAAAAACUCUUUUGGGGGAAUUGAACUGGAUUUUCACCGCGGUGACUGAUACAAUUGCCUGGAAUGUUCUUCCUCAUGAGCUUUUCCAGAGGCUUUUCAGGCAGGAUUUACUAGUUGCUAGUCUUUUUCGUAAUUUUUUACUUGCUGAGCGAAUUAUGCGUUCUGCAAAUUGUUCUCCAAUCUCUCACCCAAUGUUGCCACCUACCCAUCAGCAUCACAUGUGGGACGCAUGGGACAUGGCUGCUGAGAUAUGCCUUUCUCAGCUUCCAUUGUUGGUUGAAGAUUCUAAUGCAGAGUUCCAGCCAAGUCCAUUUUUUACCGAACAAUUGACUGCUUUUGAGGUUUGGCUUGACCAUGGGUCUGAACACAAGAAACCACCAGAACAGCUGCCUAUUGUUCUUCAGGUGUUACUUAGUCAAUGCCAUCGUUUUCGAGCUCUUGUUCUUCUUGGAAGAUUCCUUGAUAUGGGACCGUGGGCUGUAGAUCUGGCCUUGUCUGUUGGAAUAUUUCCAUAUGUUCUGAAGCUGUUGCAAACAACAACACCAGAACUACGACAAAUUCUUGUUUUCAUCUGGACAAAGAUUCUCGCACUUGAUAAGUCAUGUCAGGUUGAUUUAGUGAAGGAUGGGGGUCAUACAUACUUCAUCAGGUUUCUUGAUAGCCUGGAAGCAUAUCCCGAACAGCGUGCAAUGGCUGCAUUUGUUUUAGCUGUAAUUGUGGAUGGUCACAGGCGAGGCCAGGAAGCCUGUGUUGAAGCAGGUUUGAUCCAUGUUUGCUUGAAGCACCUUCAGGGUUCAACUCCAAAUGACGCACAGACUGAACCCCUAUUUCUCCAAUGGCUUUGUCUCUGUCUGGGAAAGCUAUGGGAGGAUUUUCCUGAGGCUCAAAUUAUUGGUUUGAGGGAAGAUGCUCUUGCUAUAUAUGCUCCUCUGCUGUCUGCACCCCAACCAGAGGUUAGGGCGUCUGCUGUGUUCGCGUUGGGUACCCUGCUUGAUGUGGGCUCUGAAUUGUGCAGAGAUGGUGUUGGAGGAGAUGAAGAAAGCGAUAAUGAUGAAAAGAUUAGAGCAGAAAUUAGUAUUAUUGAAAGUUUAUUAAGUGUUGCUUCAGAUGGAAGUCCAUUAGUCAGAGCAGAAGUCGCUGUUGCUCUAGGGAGAUUUUCUUUUGGCCACAACAACCACCUCAAGUCAAUAGCAGCAGCGUAUUGGAAACCCCAGUCCAAUUCUCCUCUGAAUUCCUUGCCUUCAUUGGCUCAUAUAAAAAGUUCAAGUAAUGUUCCAUCUCAGAUUGGUCCACUUUCAAGAGUUGGCACUGACAACUCAUCUCUAGUACGAGAUGGUAGGGUCUCCACUAGCAGCCCUCUCGCUACUUCUGGAAUUAUGCAUGGGUCUCCAUUGUCUGAUGAUUCAUCUCAACAUUCUGAUUCUGGAAUAUUGAAUGAUGGUAUGAGCAAUGGAGUCAUUAAUCACUCGACGCCAAAACCUUUGGACAGUGCAAUGUAUAAGCAAUGUGUACUGGCUAUGUGUACUUUGGCCAAGGAUCCAUCUCCACGCAUUGCCAGACUUGGUCGGCGGGUGCUGGCUAUUAUAGGGAUUGAACAAGUGGUGGCAAAACCUGCAAAAGCUGGUAGCAGUUUACGUCCUGGUGAACCUGUUACAUCAACUCCUUUUGCUGGAUUGGCUCGUUCCUCCUCAUGGUUUGAUAUGAAUGGAGGAGGCCACAUGCCCUUAACAUUCCGAACUCCCCCUGUCAGCCCUCCUCGAGCAAGUUACUUAACUGGGAUGCGGAGAGUUCUCUCGUUAGAGUUUAGACCUCAUUUGAUGAGUUCUCCAGACUCUGGAUUAGCUGAUCCGCUUAUAGGUUCUGGGAUAUCUUCAGGUUCUUCAGAACGUAGUCUUCUUCCACAAUCAACCAUCUACAACUGGAGUUGUGGGCACUUUUCGAGGCCGCUUCUUACUGUGGCAGAUGAUAGUGAAGAAAUAUUAGCUAGAAGAGAGGAGAGAGAAAAAUUUGCCUUGGAACACAUAGCUAAAUGCCAGCAUUCUUCUGUAAGCAAGCCAAAUAAUCAAAUUGCUAGGUGGGAUACAAAGUUCGAGACAGGGACAAAAACAAUCUUGCUUCAACCAUUUUCUCCAAUUGUAAUUGCUGCAGACGAGAAUGAGCGAAUAGGGGUAUGGAACUAUGAGGAAGCUACACUUCUCAACACCUUUGAUAAUCAUGAUUUUCCUGAUAAAGGAAUUUUGAAGCUUGCCCUUGUGAAUGAGCUAGAUGACAGCUUGCUUCUUGCUGCUUCAUGUGAUGGAAAUAUUCGGAUUUGGAAAGAUUAUACAUCGAAGGGUGAACAGAAGCUUGUUACUGCUUUCUCUUCAAUUCAAGGUCAUAAACCUGGUGUCCGAAGCUUGAAUGCUGUUGUGGAUUGGCAACAGCAAUCUGGAUAUCUGUAUGCUUCUGGAGAGAUAUCACGCAUCAUGAUUUGGGAUCUGGACAAGGAGCAACUUGUUCAUUCUGUUCUUUCGUCAUCAGACUGCAGCAUCUCAGCAUUGUCUGCCUCUCAAGUUCAUGGUGGUCAAUUUGCUGCUGGUUUUGUUGACGGUUCUGUCAGACUCUAUGAUGUGCGAACACCUGAAACGCUUGUGUGCACAACACGACCACACGACGAAACGGGAGAGAGAGUUGUGGGGAUUGGCUUUCAACCAGGACUUGAUCCGGCUAAGAUCGUCAGUGCUUCUCAGGCUGGUGAUAUUCAGUUUCUUGAUAUCAGAAAUAGUAGAUCCCCCUAUGUCACCAUUAGAGCUCAUAGGGGCUCUCUUACAGCUCUAGCCAUUCAUAGACAUGCCCCGAUAAUAGCAAGUGGUUCGGCCAAACAGCUCAUCAAAGUCUUUAGUUUGGAGGGAGAACAGCUAAACACCAUACGGUACUACCCUACUAUCAUGGCCCAAAAGAUUGGUUCUGUUAGUUGCCUUACAUUCCAUCCGUACGAAAUUCUACUUGCUGCUGGUGCUGUGGACACUUUGGUUUCUAUUCAUGCUGAUUGACAAGUAUCAAGCUAGAUGAGAAUGCAUUUUCUUUUCUGGGUACGUGUUUGAUAUGGCUUUCUUCGGAGGUCUCGGGUUACUUGGACUUCUUAUUGGAGUCCCCACCAUUGCAGCGCUCGGCGCGGGAUCGUCAUGAAUACAUUAUGCUUCCCCGACUCCUCCGAUGUCAAAGUCUUGAAAUAUUGGUAGUUUGCUUUCUACCGAUCUUGUAUGCUAUAUAUUCAUUAGCCUCCGGUGUAGAGGAUCACUGGUGUUGGAAAGUAUUCUGCAUAUUCAUUGGGGGCUUUGGAAAAUAAUCUGUCGCAUAGGUAAAUGUAUGUAAAUAUUCCUUUUUUAUCUUUUCCCCUUCAUCUUGGUGUGUUUAUUUUUUAUUUUUUCUUUUUCUUUUCACCCCCUUGUCCAAUUUGUAAAAGCAAUACAUUUGAUGGUAAAGUGUCGCAUACAGAUGGUGACGUGGGUUGUCGUUCCCUUGAAAUGUAGGGGAGCUCUCACAGCUCCACGUUGCUCAUCCAUCCAUCCAUGUUGAUUUGUCAACGCCAUUAAUUCACCUUGUAAUUAUAAUUA